CGGCCUGGUGUCUCCCCACCCCGCCUCCCCCAGCGCCCGCUGAGCCGCGACCACAGACAGCGAGGCGGAGCGAGCAUGGCGGGGCCCCUCGCCGGUCUGCUGCCCCUCGUCCUGCAGCUCUCGAGCCUGGCGCUGGCCCCGGGGACCGGCAGAGGUAGGGCGGUGCCCAGGGAACACCCUCGGCUUGCUGACAUCCAUGACUACCAGCAGCAGGCACCUGCCCACUCAGCCCCUGCUGGGGCCCCCCAGGAGCAGUGGCGCCCCCUGGAGGAGCAGCUGGGAAAGCUGGAGGCUGAGGUGACAGAGCUCAGAGAGCAGAACAAGGAGCUGCAGGAGAGGGUGAGGCAGCUGGAGUCCUGUGAAUGCCGCCCAGCUUCCUCCCAGUGCUGGGGGCUGGGGCGGGCCUGGCCUGAGGGGGCUCGCUGGGAGCCUGAUGCCUGUACAGCCUGCAUCUGCCAGGAUGGGGCUGCGCACUGUGACCCCAAGCCUGGCCUGCCCAAUUGCCGUGGCUGCCACCAAGAUGGUCAGGCCUAUGGCAAUGGGGAGACCUUCUCCCCAGACGCCUGCACCACCUGCCACUGCCUGGCAGGGACGGUGCAGUGCCAGGGGCCCUCAUGCUCAGAGCUCAACUGCCUGGAGAGCUACACCCCACCUGGGGAGUGCUGCCCCGUCUGCUGCACAGAAGGUGGCUCUCACUGGGAGCAUGGCCAAGAGUGGACCGCACCAGGGGACCCCUGCCAGAUCUGCCAGUGCCUGGAGGGCCACAUCCAGUGCCGCCAGCGAGAAUGCGCCAGCCUGUGUCCGUACCCUGCCCGGCCCCUCCCAGGCACCUGCUGCCCCAUGUGUGAUGGCUGUUUCCUGAAUGGACGGGAAUACCGCAGCGGGGAGCCUAUAGGCUCUGGGGACCCCUGCUCACACUGCCACUGUGCUAAUGGGAGUGUCCAGUGUGAGCCUCUGCCCUGCCCACCUGUGUCCUGCAGACACCCAGGCAGGAUCCCUGGGCAGUGCUGCCCAGUGUGUGACGGCUGUGAGUAUCAGAGACACCAGUAUCAGAGCGGGGAGACCUUCAGACUCCAAGAGAGUGGCCGCUGUGUCCGCUGCUCCUGCUGGGCUGGCGAGGUCUCCUGUGAGGAGCAGGAGUGCCCGGUUGCCCCCUGCUCCCUGCCUGACUCUGGCCCCCAGCUGUGCCCAGCCUGUGUGCUUGAUGGAGAGGAGUUUGCUGAGGGGGUCCAGUGGGAGCCUGAUGGCCAGCCCUGCACGGCCUGCUCCUGUCAAGAUGGGGUGCCCAUGUGCAGGGCUGUGCUCUGUUCCCCAGCCCCCUGCCAGCACCCUACCCAGCACCCUGGUGCCUGUUGCCCCAGCUGUGACAGCUGCACCUACCACGGCCAAGUGUAUGCCAACGGGCAGAACUUCACGGAUGCAGACAGCCCUUGCCACACCUGCCUCUGCGAGGAUGGGACUGUGAGGUGCUCCUUGGUCAACUGCCCUCCCACAACCUGUGCCAGGCCCCAGAGUGGACCCGGCCAGUGCUGCCCCAAGUGCCCAGACUGCGUCCUGGAGGAACAAGUGUUUGUGGAUGGUGAGAGCUUCCCCCACCCUCGAGAUCUCUGCCAGGAGUGCCAGUGUCGGGAAGGCCAUGCCCUCUGCCAGCCUCGGGCCUGCCCCAGGGCCUCCUGUGCCCACCCGCUGCCUGGUCCCUGCUGCCAGAGUGACUGUAAUGGCUGUGCCUUUGGUGGGAAAGAGUACCCCAACGGAGCCGACUUCCCCCACCCUUCUGACCCCUGCCGCCUGUGUCGAUGUCUGAGCGGCAACGUGCAGUGCCUGGCCCGCCGCUGCCCGCCGCUGCCCUGUCGAGAGCCGGUUCUGCCGCCGGGAGAGUGCUGCCCGCAGUGCCCCGCCCCCUCCUCCGGCUGCCCGUGGCCCGGGGGCGCGGUCCCCGCCCGCCACCAGGAGCAUUUCUCCCCGCCCGGCGACCCCUGCCGCCGCUGCCUCUGCCUCGACGGCUCCGUGUCCUGCCAGCGGCUGCCCUGCCCGCCCGCGCCCUGCGCCCACCCGCGCCAGGGGCCCUGCUGCCCCUCCUGCGACGGCUGCCUGUACCAGGGCAAGGAGUUUGCCAGCGGGGAGCGCUUCCCUUCGCCCACUGCCGUGUGCCACGUCUGCCUCUGCUGGGAGGGCAGCGUCAGCUGCGAGCCCAGGGCCUGUGCCCUUGCACAGUGCCCCUUCCCUGCCAGGAGUAACUGUUGCCCUACCUGUGAUGGCUGUGAGUACCUAGGGGAGUCCUACCUGAGCAGCCAGGAGUUCCAGGAUCCCCGAGAGCCCUGCAGUCUGUGUACCUGCCUCGGAGGCUUCGUGACCUGCAGCCACCGCCCCUGUGAGCCUCUGGGCUGCAGCCACCCACUCACCCCGCCUGGGCACUGCUGCCCCACCUGCCAGGGAUGCCUCUAUCAUGGGGUCACUGCUGCCCCUGGAGAGACCCUUCCCGACCCACUUGACCCCACCUGCACUCUCUGCACCUGCCAGGAAGGUUCCAUGCGCUGCCAGAAGAAGCCGUGUCCUCCAGCUCUCUGCUCCAACCCCUCUCCAGGACCCUGCUCCUGCCCGGUUUGCCACAGCUGCCUCUCCCAGGGCCGGGAGCACCGGGACGGAGAGGAGUUUGAGGGGCCUCCAGGCAGCUGUGAGAGGUGUCGCUGUCAGGCUGGCCAGGUCAGCUGUGUGCGGCUGCAGUGCCCACCCCUGUCCUGCCCACUCCAGGUCACAGAGCAGGGGAACUGCUGCUCCCGCUGCAGAGGCUGCCUGGCCCAUGGGGAGGAGCACCCUGAAGGCAGCAGCUGGGAGCCCCCUGACAGCCCCUGCUCCUCCUGCACAUGUCACGAGGGUGUUGUCACCUGUGCCCGCGUCCAGUGUGUCAGCUCCUGCGCUCAGCCCCACCAGGGGCCCGGUGACUGCUGCCCUCGGUGCUCUGACUGUGAGCACAAGGGCCGGAAGUAUGAGCCUGGGGAAAGCUUCCAGCCAGGGGCAGACCCCUGUGAAGUGUGCAUCUGUCAGCUGCAGCCUGAAGGGCCUCCCAGCCUUCGCUGUCACCGGCAGCAGUGUCCCAGCCUGGUGGGCUGUCCCGCCAGCCAGCUCCUGCCCCCUGGGCCCCAGCACUGCUGCCCCACCUGUGCCCAGGCACUGAGUAACUGCACAGAGGGCCUGCUGGGGUCUGAGCUGGCCCCACCGGACCCCUGCUACACCUGCCAGUGCCAGGACCUGACCUGGCUCUGCAUUCACCGGGCCUGCCCUGACCUCAGCUGUCCCUGGUGGGAGCGCCAUACGCCCCCUGGGAGCUGCUGCCCCGUGUGCCGGGAAUGUGUGGUGGAGGCUGAGGGCAGGAGAGUGGCAGAUGGAGAGAGCUGGCGGGACCCCAGCAACGCCUGCAUUGCUUGCACCUGCCACCGGGGCCACGUGGAGUGCCACCUAGAGGAGUGCCAGGCCCUCUCCUGUCCCUACGGCUGGGUGAAGGUGCUGGAGGCUGGCAGGUGCUGUGAGAGAUGCCAAGCCCCCGCCCAGUCGUGCACGUACCAGGGCCGGGAGGUGGCCUCCGGGGAGCGCUGGGCCGUGGACGCCUGCACGAGCUGCUCCUGCGUGGCCGGCACCGUGCGCUGCCAGAGCCAGCGCUGCGCGCCGCUCUCCUGUGGCCCCGACAAGGCCCCCGCCCUGAGUCCCGGCAGCUGCUGCCCCCGCUGCCUGCCCCGGCCCGCUUCCUGCAUGGCCUUCGGAGACCCCCAUUACCGCACCUUCGACGGCCGCCUGCUGCACUUCCAGGGCAGCUGCAGCUAUGUGCUGGCCAGGGACUGCCGUGGAGGGGACUUCAGCGUGCACGUGACCAACGAUGACCGGGGCCGGAGCGGCGUGGCCUGGACCCAAGAGGUGACGGUGCUGCUGGAAGACGUGGCCGUGCGGCUGCUGCAGGGCGGGGCGGUCACGGUGGACGGGCGCCCCGUGGCCUUGCCCUUACUGCGGGAGCCGCUGCUGUACGUGGAGCUGCGGGGACGCACGGUGAUCCUGCACGCCCAGCCUGGGCUCCAGGUGCUGUGGGAUGGGCAGUCCCAGGUGGAGGUGAGCGUGCCCGGGUCCUACCGGGGCCGGAUUUGUGGGCUCUGUGGGGACUUCAAUGGCUUUGCCCAGGAUGAUCUGCGGGGCCCUGAGGGGCUGCUCCUGUCCACUGAGGCUGCAUUUGGGAAUAGCUGGCAGGUCCCAGAGGGGCUGAGACCUGGUCGGCCUUGUUCCAAGGGCCGUGAGGUGGAUCCAUGCCGGGCAGCAGGUUAUCGUGCUAGGCGUGAGGCCAAUGCCCGGUGUGGGGUGCUGAAGUCCUCCCCGUUCAAUCGCUGCCAUGCUGUGGUGCCACCGGAGCCCUUCUUUGCAGCCUGCGUGUAUGACCUAUGUGCUUGUGGCCCUGGCUCCUCGGCUGACGCCUGCCUCUGUGAUGCCCUGGAAGCCUAUGCCAGCCACUGUCGCAGGGCAGGGGUGAUGCCUGCCUGGCGGGGCCCCACGCUCUGCGUGGUGGGCUGCCCCCUGGACCGCGGCUUCGUGUUCGAUGAGUGUGGCCCGCCCUGUCCCCGCACCUGCUUCAACCGGCACAUCCCCCUGGGGGAGCUGGCGGCCCACUGCGUGAGGCCCUGCGUUCCUGGUUGCCGGUGCCCUGCAGGCCUGGUGGAGCACGAGGCCCACUGUAUCUCACCCAAGGCCUGCCCCCCAGUCCUACUCACCAGGGACCAGCCACCCAGUGCUCUGCCUAGCCCCAGCUGGGAGCUCCAGGGGGCAACCUGAGCCAGGACGACACUGACCAGGACUCAUCAGACCAAAAGCCUCCCUUUGGAGAGCAGCUCCCACCCUGGCCAAAACUGCAGAGACAGGACCCUGCCUGGGCACUGGGGGCCUGGGCACACACAGGCCCCAGCUGUGUUGAGUCAGAAGCAGUAAACUCAG